AUGGGUUGCUGUUGUGCAAAGUCGAAGAAAGACAAGUAUGCAGCCAACGACGAACCCGGCGGCAGAAACUUGCCACCGAACGGUCAAGCGAAUGAUCGACAAAUGGAACCAAAGCGGGUUUCUAGUCCGAUGGACGGUUUAAAUGCUCACCAACCCUCGUCCAUUAUGUCGAGUCACUCGAUAAUGCAGCCAUCUAAAGGCAUAACGGUGUUCAUUGCCCUGUAUGAUUACGAUGCGCGGACCAAAGAAGACUUGAGCUUUCGGAAAGGCGAGCGACUUCAAGUUAUCGAUAACACGGAUACCGACUGGUGGCUGGCUAAAUCUUUGACCACAUUCAAUGAGGGGUACAUACCGAGCAACUAUGUAGCACCUGAACUAAGUGUUCAUGCCCAAGAGUAAGUAAAUAUUUUCUAUUUUACAGCGUAGUCUGUGUGCUAAACAUCACCGGAAAGAUAUUUAUAUAACUUUAAUAGUUGAAUUCUCGUUCGGUCGGUCGCGUACUAAAUUGAUGAUCUUUGGAGCUUCAUUCUAUGACACUUCCGCUAGUUUGUUUCCGAGCGAACAAUUUUUACUCAUUUCACGUGAAUAAUGUAGCUGAUUUAUUUUAAAUAAAUCGGGGGAAUAAAUCCGGAGAUGUUUGUUCCUUUAAAACUAAAGCUUGAAGCAUGGAAUGCUACAAAGCUUGCGCGUGGGGAGGAAUUUAUAUCAAUCCAGUUGAUUCACGCGUGCGAUAGUGAAAAGUUCGUUUUUAUUUUCGAUUUUCCUGAUCUGUACUAUCGACCUUCUAGCUCGUUGCUGGACAAGUUUUGUUUUGAUCGAGUUAUAUCUUAUACUUUUCCGAUCUUUAAUCGUCUGCCCAACUAUUUAUGGCUUUCACUUCCGGGAUGAAAUGCAUGUUGUCAUUUCAAAGUUUAAUUUCUUCGCCUUUUUUUAUUUUGUAAUGCAAAUCAAACGAAUAGAAUGCCUGUGGUUUUGAAAUUCAAAGUUCACUUUUCCUCAGACGAGGCUUUUUUUGUUUAGGGAGGUAACUUGUGCGAAGCGUUAACCUUUUUCUUGGACGAAUGUUUGUGUUUCAGACAAAUAAAUAUUUUCUUCCGGACUUUCAACUUUUUCCCGUUCUCUUUAAAUUGACAAUCUUGUUUUCCUAUUCAUGAAACUAAACCCCGUCAAGAGUACUGGCGAUAUGUUCUUUUAAGAAAUUAUCAGUUUGGCACAAAUGUAACUGAUACAUCCUGAAUAUUUUAAAAUUUCUUAUAUAUUUUUUUGUAUUUUGGGUCAGACUUGCUAGUAAGUUUUAUUUAUUUUCUUGUACUGAUAACAUCUGCCUUAACUCCAUUUUUUGAUUGCUGUCACCUGAUGUCAUUUGGCUGUCUCUUGUAGUUUCAUGCAAAUAGUCCAAGCUACUAUCUUAUUGGUACUAAUUUCACAUGUCUUUAAUAAUUUUCAAAAUCACAAAAUUAAGACCUGCAAAUAAAAAUUCUCAUGAAAUUUAAACAUGAGAAAUAAAAUACAGUCAAAUCCCAUUAACACGGACACUAAGAUGGCCGCAGAGAGUGUCUGUAUUUAGGUGGUGUCCGUAAAGCAAGGUUUGACUUAGCCUUCCACACAGGUGUGUACUCAUAAAGACAGUUCAAGUCACAGAAAAAAAAUUGUAUGUAAUAACUACUGCCACCUGAAGAAUCGAAGAUAUGCAAUAUUAAAUAAAUUUUAGAUGAUGUUUAGAGAUAUUGUUGCAAAGUACAUGUACAUACUGAGACAAUGUGUAUCCAAGUAACACUACACUUAACAGUUGACAACUCUUGAAUUGCAAAAUGCAAUGCCCUUUUUUUCAUAUUUACCUAAGAAAUCAUGAAAAUAAAACCCCUGUGAAAUACUUUCUUGCCAAAAUUGCAAAAUCAAGUAUGCACGAAAUGAAAUGUAUGUAGCUUAUGAUAGUAAUGAAUGUGAAAAUGGUAGUAUUUGCAUGCAUGUUUCAAGAAGUUAUUUGUUUGAAAUGUUACUUUGGUGAAAUUCCAUGGCAUGUUAAUAGUCUACUUAAUUGUGAAACUACUGUACAUGUAGCCAAGUGUUAUCAGUUGAUUCUCAUGUGUAUGCAAAUGAUGAUACAUCAGAUAAUGUGAUUGGCUGGCAAAACCUCUUCAGGAUUAAUCUCUGUGUCCAUGUUUGAUAAGUUUUAUUGACCCUACCCAUUUUAAAUACUAACAAUUUGUAAGGUGCUAUCUUGAAUAAUAUGACUGUCAAGUCUAGAGUCAGCAGCUUUUAAAGCUUCUGAGCCCUCAAAUCAUCUUUUGGCCAUCAGCUAAAUCAGAGACUUACUGAGCAAGACCGUGGAAAAGGAUUCUCUAAAGAACUUCACAUGUUGAAAAUGCCUAACAGUUUUAAAAUCCUAUUUGCUAUAUUUUAUCUCAGCUGGUUCUUUGGCAAGAUUAAGCGUGCUGAAGCUGAAAAGAAACUGCUGGCGCCAGGAAGCCCCUCUGGUACCUAUCUCAUUCGUGAUUCAGAAACAAUGCCUGGAAAUUAUUCACUGUCUAUACGAGAUGGUGACAGUGUGAGACAUUAUCGUAUACGCAAGCUAGACAAUGGAGGCUACUAUAUCACAACAAGAGCACCUUUCACAAGCCUGUCAGAGUUGGUGGAGCACUACAGUCUGGAUGCUGAUGGCCUGUGUUGUCGACUUGUCUAUGCAUGUCGUGCAGAGAAGCCAGCUACUUCAGGGCUUUCUUACAAUACUAAAGAUGCUUGGGAAAUUUCGCGGCAUUCAAUUGCUCUCCAGAGCAAACUGGGAGCUGGACAGUUUGGCGAAGUGUGGGCUGGGCUUUGGAAUGGAACAACUCCAGUUGCUGUGAAAACUCUUAAACCAGGAACUAUGUCACCGCAGGCAUUUUUAACUGAAGCAGCCAUCAUGAAGAAAUUGAGACAUCAAAAUCUUAUACAGGUAUGUCAUGAAAUGGUUGUCCUAAUAUUGGUUUUGAUAUUUAAUUGUUGUUGCAUUUAUGAAAACAUCAAAUGUAUGAAAAACAACUUGGCCAGUGAUAGGUAUUUUUUACUUCACUCAGAGAUGUCAGAGACCAUUUUCCCUAAAUUGUGGUAAUAUUAAAGCAAGUGUUGCAAAUGUUGCCAUAGUUCUUCGGUGGAUACAACCAACUUUAAGUCACAGCACAGGUUAGUUUUUAUUCCAACCAAAACGUUCAUGCACACAGUAUACUAUGAUGUGGGCUGAUGCAAUAGAUGGACAGGUGUCAAUCUGGUGUUACUGUCUUGUGCUACAAUACUUUGGGUUACAAACAUCUGGUCACAAAUUGAGUUCAUAUGCAACAGAAAAAUGCUUUCCAAACCUUGUAGAUAAAGUCAGUUAUCCUUUAGUCUGCUCAAACUGGCUGCAUACUUUAAAUUUUAUAGAAACACUGCUUACCACAUUAAUAAAAUGCUCAUAAAAGCUAUUAUAAUCAGAUGUUCCCAGCUUUUAUUACCUGAAGUAUUCCUACGUAGAUUUUUAUAUAAUGGGAAUUCAACAGAUGUUGAUGGGAACAUAAAUUUUUGUUUAAUCCUGUUUCUCAUUUAAUCUCAUUUAAGGAAGAAUGAAAUGCAAACAAUCGGGGUAGAUACACUAAUGUGGAAUGAGUGGAAUUUCUGCAUUAAUUUUGUUCCCCUGAUUUCAUUUCAUGGGGAAACUACAUGCAGGGUUGUCACUAAGAUUUCAAGUUGCUGGGUAAAUACAACAAGUAGACAGGGAAUCAAACGGCUAGGGAUUUCUUUUGGUUCUAUUUUUCUUCUAUUUUCCAAUAAAUGUAGCUGGGGGCCACUCUCUUAGUAGCUGGGGAAAAUCCCCGGCCCCUGGCUAUUAAUGACAAACCUUUUGUGCUUUAAAAUACUUAUGCCAGUUACACUGUCCUUGCAUUUACAGCUUUAUGCAGUUUGUACCCAGGAGGAGCCAAUUUACAUUGUAACAGAGCUUAUGAGGCAUGGAAGCUUGCUAGAAUAUUUGAAGGGAGAAGGGAAAGAUCUCAAGCUACCAGAAUUGAUUGACAUGGGGGCACAAGUCGCUGCUGGAAUGGCCUACUUGGAACGGAUGAAUUACAUCCAUCGUGAUUUAGCUGCAAGAAAUAUCUUAGUUGGUGAGGGGAAUAUCUGCAAAGUUGCUGACUUUGGCCUAGCAAGACUGAUCGAAGAUGAUGAGUAUAACGCUCACCAAGGAGCCAAAUUUCCAAUCAAAUGGACAGCUCCUGAAGCUGCUCUUUACCAAAAGUUUACCAUAAAAUCUGAUGUGUGGUCGUUUGGCGUGCUGCUGGUAGAAUUGGUUACGCAUGGUCGGAAUCCUUACCCUGGUAUGACAAAUGCCGAGGUGCUGGCCCAGGUGGAGCGGGGAUACAGGAUGCCUCAGCCCAUGAACACCCCAGAUGCUCUUUACCAAAUUAUGCUUGAUUGUUGGAAGAAGAAUGAGUGGGAAAGACCAACAUUUGAUUAUCUUCAAUCAAUAUUAGAGGACUACUUUGUCUCAACAGAGCCUAAUUACAAGAAGUUGGAUCCAUAG